GCGCCUGAAACAGGAAGUCGUCGGUCAGUGAGCUGGUGGCAGCAGCCGGGGCAACAGAGAGGGGACAAGAGGGGGUGGCAGCACAGGGGCCUCCGCUCCCCUUGGUGGUGUGUUGGUCGUGGGGAGGCUGCCGGCCCCGCCCGGCCUGGCCGAGGAGGCCCACGCCCCGCCAUGGUCCCCUGCUGGAACCAUGGCAACAUCACCCGCUCCAAGGCGGAGGAGCUGCUCUCCAGGACCGGCAAGGACGGCAGCUUCCUCGUGCGCGCCAGCGAGUCCAUCUCCCGGGCCUACGCUCUCUGUGUGCUGUAUCGGAAUUGCGUUUACACUUACAGGAUUCUGCCCAACGAAGAUGAUAAAUUCACUGUUCAGGCAUCUGAAGGUGUCCCCAUGAGGUUCUUCACCAAGCUGGACCAGCUCAUCGAGUUCUACAAGAAGGAAAACAUGGGUCUGGUCACCCACCUGCAGUAUCCCGUGCCACUGGAGGAAGAGGACACCGGCGAUGAGCCAGAAGAGGAGAUAGAAGGUGUUCCAUCUCCACCUGAACUGCCACCGAGAAACAUCCCUUUAUCUGCCGGGCCAUGUGAGGCCAAGGAGGUGCCCCUCUUGAGUGAGAAUCUGAGAGCCACCGAGGUCAGCCGGCCGUGCCUCUCUGAGACCUUGUUUCAACGACUACAGAGCAUGGACACCAGUGGGCUUCCAGAAGAGCAUCUGAAAGCCAUCCAGGAUUAUUUAAGCACUCAGCUCACCCUGGACGCUGAUUUUGUGAAGACGGGCUCCAGCAGUCUCCCUCAUCUGCGGAAACUGACUGUGCUGCUGUGCAAGGAACUCUAUGGAGAAGUCACCCGGACCCUUCCCUCCCUGGAGUCUCUGCAGAGGUUGUUUGACCAGCAGCUCUCCCCGGGCCUCCGUCCACGGCCUCAGGUGCCUGGUGAGGCUAAUCCGAUCAACAUGGUGACCAAGCUCAGCCAACUGACAAGUCUACUGUCCUCUAUUGAAGAUAAGGUCAAGGCCUUGCUGCAUGAGGGACCCGAGUCUUCCCACCGGCGUUCCCUCAUCCCUCCAGUCACCUUUGAGGUGAAGUCAGAGUCUCUGGCGCUUCCUCAGAAAUUGCAGCUCAAAGUUGAUGUUGAGACUGGGAAACUGAUCAUUAAGAAGUCCAAGGAUGGUUCUGAGGACAAGUUCUACAGCCACAAGAAAAUCCUGCAGCUCAUCAAGUCUCAGAAGUUUCUGAACAAGUUGGUGAUUUUGGUGGAAACAGAGAAGGAGAAGACCGUGCGGAAGGAAUAUGUUUUUGCUGAUUCCAAAAAGAGAGAAGGCUUCUGCCAGCUCCUGCAGCAGAUGAAAAACAAGCACUCAGAGCAGCCGGAGCCUGACAUGAUCACCAUCUUCAUCGGCACCUGGAACAUGGGUAACGCCCCCCCUCCCAAGAAGAUCACGUCCUGGUUUCUCUCCAAGGGGCAGGGGAAGACGCGGGAUGACUCUGCUGAUUACAUCCCCCAUGACAUCUACGUGAUUGGCACCCAGGAGGACCCCCUGGGGGAGAAGGAGUGGCUAGAGAUACUCAAAAACUCCCUGCAAGAAAUCACCAGCAUUACUUUUAAAAUGAUCGCCAUCCACACCCUCUGGAACAUUCGCAUUGUGGUGCUGGCCAAGCCCGAGCACGAGAACCGGAUCAGCCACAUCUGCACCGACAACGUGAAGACGGGCAUCGCCAACACUCUGGGGAACAAGGGAGCCGUGGGGGUGUCGUUCAUGUUCAAUGGAACCUCCUUGGGGUUUGUCAACAGCCACUUGACUUCCGGAAGCGAGAAGAAACUCAGGCGAAACCAAAACUAUACGAACAUUCUCCGGUUUCUGGCUCUGGGAGACAAGAAACUGAGUCCCUUUAACAUUACUCACCGCUUCACCCACCUCUUCUGGCUCGGGGACCUCAACUACCGUGUGGAGCUACCCACCUGGGAGGCAGAACCCAUGAUCCAGAAGAUCAAGCAGCAGCAGUAUGCAGAACUCCUGUGCCACGACCAGCUGCUCAUGGAGAGGAAGGAGCAGAAGGUUUUCCUGCACUUCGAGGAGGAAGAAAUCACAUUCGCGCCCACCUACCGUUUUGAAAGACUGACUCGGGACAAAUAUGCCUACAUUAAGCAGAAAGCCACGGGGAUGAAAUACAACUUGCCCUCCUGGUGUGACCGAGUCCUCUGGAAGUCGUACCCCCGGGUGCACGUGGUAUGUCAGUCCUAUGGCAGCACCAGUGACAUCAUGACAAGUGACCACAGCCCUGUUUUUGCCACAUUUGAGGCAGGAGUCACCUCCCAGUUUGUCUCCAAAAACGGCCCCGGGACUGUCGACAGCCAAGGGCAGAUAGAGUUUCUCAGAUGCUUCGCCACCCUGAAGACCAAGUCCCAGACCAAAUUCUACCUGGAGUUCCACUCGAGCUGUUUAGAGAGUUUCGUCAAGAGUCAGGAAGGAGAAAAUGAAGAAGGAAGCGAAGGGGAGUUGGUGGUGAAGUUUGGUGAGACCCUUCCAAAGCUGAAGCCCAUUAUCUCUGACCCCGAGUACCUGCUGGACCAGCACAUCCUGAUUAGCAUUAAAUCCUCCGACAGCGACGAAUCCUAUGGUGAGGGCUGCAUUGCUCUGCGGUUAGAGGCCACGGAAACACAGCUCCCCAUCUACACGCCUCUCACCCACCACGGAGAGAUGACAGGACACUUCCGGGGGGAGAUCAAGCUGCAAACCUCCCAGGGCAAGAUGAGGGAGAAGCUGUAUGACUUUGUGAAGACUGAACGGGAUGAGUCCAGCGGGCCCAAGUGUCUGAAGAGCCUCACCAGCCACGACCCCCUGAAGCAGUGGGAACCUGCCUCCAGGGUCCCUCUCUGCAGUGGCUCCAGCAUCACAGAAAUCAUCAACCCCAAUUACAUGGGGGUGGGAUCCUUUGGGUACAUAAAACAGACCCUGUCCCCUGACCAGCAGCCCACAGCCUGGAGCUAUGACCAGCCACUCAAGGACUCCUCCCUGGCAUCUGGAAGGGGAGAGACCCCUCCAACACCACCCUCCCAACCGCCCAUAUCACCCAAGAAAUUUUCAUCCUCCACAGCAACCCGGGUCCCCUGCCCCAGGACGCAGGAGUCAAGGCCCAGUGACUUGGGGAAGAACGCGGUGGAGCCUUUGCCUCAGGAGGACCCCAAGCUGACCAAGCCUGAGAUGUUUGAGAACCCACUCUAUGGAUCUGUGUGUUCUUUCUCUAAGCUGGUUCCCAGGAAAGAGCAGGAGUCUCCCAAAAUGCUGAAGAAGGAGCUCCCACCCUGCCCAGACCCAGGAAGCUUGUCUCCCAAUAUCCUGCUCUCCAAAGCCCAGGAGGCCGAGGGCAACAAGGGGACAGGCAAGCCGGUGCCUACACCUGCACCCACACCCUUCAUCAGUCCCACGCCUCGGCUCCGCUCCUUCACUUGCUCGUCUCCUGCCGAGGGCCGGCCGGCCGCAGGGGACAAGAGCCAGGGAAAGCCCAAGGCCCCUGCCAGCGCCCCAGUCCCAGUGCCAGCCAAGAGGCCCAUCAAGCCUUCCAGGUCAGAGCUGAGCCAGCAGGCCCCGCCAACCCCGGCCCAGCGUCCUCCCCUCCCACUCAAGAGCCCAGCUGUCCUACACCUGCAGCACUCCAAAGGCCGAGACUACCGUGAGAAUGCCGAGCUCCCCCACCACGGCAAGCACCGGCCCGACGACACACCGCUCAGCAGGACUGCCAUGCAGUGAAGGCCCUGGUGAGCUUCGGUGAGAUGUGAGCCCAGAGGAGCAGCACAAAGCCACUUGGACCCUCUCCUGGGACUUCCUGUUGGCCUCUCCUACCCAGCGUCCUGUGCAGGGCUUCGGACUUUUCAGGAGAGGCCAGCUUCUGCAUGGUCGGCAGAGUGUGUUGGCUUCGAAACGUGGCCCCAAGUGCUGAGGUUGGAAGGAAAAGCACACCCGAAGGGCAGCAAACAACUCGGGCAGCUGGGCCCACAGCUUGAUCUUGGUACUUGAAACCCAAGAGCCUUGUUCCGAUUAUCGUUUUGAAGAAAGGAACUAAAGCGCUGAUUUCCAGGUGGAAAUAUAAAUAAUAAUAUCAAUAAUAAUAAUGGCUGCAUGUACCACGUGCCAGGUACCUGCUAAGUGAUUUACAAACAUUAUGAGUUGAGUCUUCUUCAGCCCACCAAAACCACGUUCCCAGAUCCCCCAGUUCAACACAGUAUGUUCUGAGUGGUUUGGACAAAGCAUUAAACAUUAAGGCCAGUGCCUUCCUGGAGUGAGACAGGGCUCGGCCUGCAGGGAGCUGGAGAGUCAGUAUUAAUUUAGGGUACAAGAAACCUGACCUGGACACAAACUGCAUUAGCUAAAGCCCCCAGGAAUUCGGGCAGAGCUGGUGCCGAGAUCAGGGGUCUCUCUGGGUCCUCUCAGUUCUUUAUUCUGAAAAAAGGACAAUCAGCUCUUCCUCUCCGUGGGAAGUGCGGCUUCAGCCUGGGCUAGAGAUGCCCAGGCCUGAGCCAGGUCCCCCAUGCCCUCCCUAAUGUGGGCAGCCACCACCAGGCCAGCCCCCAACACUCCUCCCAUCAUGCUAAUCCCUGGCUGCCUGGAGGGUGAGCCUCUUGGUGCCCAGCUCUCAAAACUGUGCAGCCUUUUCUUUGAACUCUCAUGGCUUUUGGCCCUGCUUCCUUGGUUACUAGCAUAGAUCGGUGACGUCUUUCCUUGUUUUGCUUUUUCACAUAACAGAAUUAAUGCAAGAAACCAAAUCCAGAAAAGUGUGUGAGUGCCUGAGACUGGAUAUGCACCCACAUCCCCUUGUGUGCAGUCUGUGUGAUCAAUAAAUUGUGCCUCUCUCACUCA